UUGUCCUCUGGAGUGGACUUGCUGGAGUUGUUGGGACGGGUGUGUGCUGCUAUUUUCUGAAUCUGUGCUGCUUGGAAUCCACUCCUGUUAUCCCGUGCCUGCUAUGGGGGGACUGGGGGUGCCCCAGCCUUUUGCCACGACCAGCUCUAUACUGCUGUGGGUAACACUGUUGUGUCUAGCUCCAGCCAUCAGGAGUAGUGGGCCCCCAAGAGCAGAACUAUGCCUGGAUCCCCCAUGGAUCAAUGUGCUUCGAGGGGACAAUGUGACUUUGACUUGUGACGGGUUCCAGAACCCUGGACAGGAUUCCAUUGAAUGGCUCCACAAUGGGUCAGUUCUUUCCAUCCACCAGGACUCCUACUUCAUCCCUGCUAUCAACAUGGAGGACAGUGGGGAAUAUCAGUGCCGGACAGAACACACAGCUCUCAGCAGCUCUGUGCAACUACAGGUCUCUAGUGAUUGGCUGCUACUCCAAGUAGAGAGAUUAGAAUUUAUGGAAGGUGACACCAUGACCCUGAGGUGCCAUAGUUGGAGGAGCAAACCACUGCACAAAGUCACAUACUACCACAAUGACAAACCCUUAAAAUAUGAGUUUCAGAGUUUCAACUACGUUGUCCCUAAAGUGAAUUAUACUCACAGUGGAUCUUACUCCUGUACAGGGGUCAUGGGGCAUAUUUCCCAUCUAUCUGCAACUGUGGUUAUCACUGUCAAAGGAGAGAAUCACAGAACCGUGAAUGUGAUUGUACCAAUUUUGAUCCUGGUGGUUGUGAUGGCUAUAAGUGCUGCUGCUGUCCUGUAUUACUACAAGCGACACAAAAAACCAGCCCACACUCCUGAUGAGAUAGGAAGGAUUGAGGUGGAGAAUUCGAUGUCUUAUUCACUUCUAAAGCACACAGACAAUCCUGAGGAAGAAGUACCAGGACACUCAACUUAUCAGAAUCAUUAAUAGUCGUGACCGCCUCUAUCCCUCCCUCAGUGGCCUUAACCUGCUUGUUCCCACAAGCACCAGGUUGAGGCAUCUGGUGGACCUAAGGCCGGAGACCAGCAGCUUCCUGAGCCAACUUUGCCAUUCCAGGAAAAUGGAUUUGAAAAUCUCUUUUGCACUUGUCUGUGUGAAUCCUAAACUGCUUUUAAAGACUUGAAGGCAAUUGACUGUCAGUGUUUACACUGCCUGUCUAUGCUGCCAACAUCUACCCAAUCCAAAUGACUUUGUACCCUGAAUCGCUCUUGCACAGUACUCUGGACAAUCCCAAAUGUCUGGGUCCCUUUAGAGGAACGGCUGUGCUCCCUCCUGACGCUGCUCUCUCCCUAGGGCAGGCUUUGUCUGUAGAGGCAGUUUUCUCUUUCCAUAGGUGUUGGGGCAGGAGCAGGAGGUGGCUGAGCAGGGCUCCCCUUAGGUCAGGAUGAUCUAACAAGAGAUGAAAUCGGGUGUCUCUGUACCCCGAAUCUCCUUGUCCCACCCCUAAAUAGUCCUUGUUUUGAGUUGAAAUGGAAAGUCCUAGGGCAGAAGAUAGUGGGCCACAGGCACCUGUUUUGUCACAGCCUGCUUUUGAAAAGUCUGGUGCUUUAUGGAAACCUCUCUGGAGGGCUGUGCCCUCCCUUGAAGCAUUUAGGAAGCCUCAAGAGGAGUAAAUGCCCCUGAAUUACCACAUCAGAUUCAACAUUGCCAUAAGAACCUCAUUGCUAGUGCAGAGACCUUGGUGCUAAAUGUUUGGGUGCUCAAUGUGAAUCUGGCCUGUAGUGAGCAGGAGGCAGGUAAGGCAUCCAGGGGAUUAGGAAAGAGGUAUCUGGGAAAGGGGUCAGGGAAUGUCACUUGUAAUCACUCCUUUCUAGACAUGCAUUGUUCCCCUGGGAGGUGGACAUCUCAGCGCUGCUGUUCUGGCUGGGGUCCAAUCUCUUUGCUCAGGGCAGGUGGUGUGGGUUAGGGGAGGGGCCUCAAAGGCAUCCUGAGACCAGAGGUGACAUGGUGCUGGAGAAGGAAUCCUGGAGCUGGGUCUGAACAGUGCCUCUUCUGCUUACUAUAAUGUGACAAUGGAUAAAUCAGCUCAGCUGGGGCCUCAGGUUUCCCAUCUGCCAGAAGAGAGGCUUUUACCAGAUGAUCUCAAUUCAAUUGAAUCAUGCUCAUUAAGCAUUUGCUGUGUAUCUCUGGCACUUAUUGUCUAUCAGGAGGCUAUUAUCUCUGGCUUCCUAAUAAACGGACAGCAUUUCUUUCCUUCUCCCACCCAUUUCCCCAGUGUUUUCAUAGGGUGAGAUUAAGAAUAUACAUUCUGUUUCCUCAGGAUGUAUGUUUAAUUAGUGAAAGUGAUUUUUAUUAAGCCUUCUUGACCUCAUGUUCUUAAUUUGUUUUAGUGUCUUUUCAAUCAAGUUCUGAAAUCAUACUGUGAUGCCCUGGGCAAGUCACUUAGCUGACCUUUAUAAAGUGCCUUAAGAUUUGCAAAAUGUUUUGCAUUUUUAUGGUGUCACUUGAUCCUAAAAAUAGUUAUUUUAUUCCUGUUUUACAGAUGGGAAAACUAAGGUAUAGGAUUGCCGACAUGAUUUGCCCAUACCCAUGAUAAGCUAAUAAGUGUCAGAGGCAGGAUUCCAACCUAAGCCUCUCCUGACACCAAAUCCAGUUCCUAUUCCAUCCAUUUCCAGUGCUGCCACUCAGAACUUUGGUUACUCAUCUGUAAAAUGAUGCCUUGGACAAUACAGUCGCUAACAUCUCUUCCAGCUCUAACAUUCUGUGAUCCUACAUAUAAUAAAGCAAUGUUAUUAGAUUAUAA